GACUGGCCAACCAUUUGGCGCCGGAGGUGGGCGGACCCGAGAUGGCGGCGCCCAGUGUCCCGGGAAGAGGCGCUCAUGUCCACAAAUGGAGCCGUUUGGGGGCGCGUGCGGAGCCGUCUCCGCGGCUUCCCCGAGAGCCUGGCAGCCUGCGGGGCUGAGGCCACGGCGUACGGCAGGUGCGUGCAGGCCGCCACGGCCCCGGGAGGCUCCCUGAGGAAGAAUCUCUGUGCGCGCGAGUUCGAGGCCCUGAGGAGCUGCUUCGCCGCUGCGGCCAGGAAGACCCUGAAAGGCGCCUCCUAGGAAGGGCUGUGACUCAGGAGUCUUGUGUUGACGGCACACACAGAGUGCUUUGGGGGCUGAAAGACGUCUGUGAGCAGUGAAGUCCCUUGGGGGUUGAGUGUGUUUCUUCUCUGGUUGAACCUUGGGUGGAGGAGGUUUUGUUUACCAGCAAUGUGUGUAUAAGGAUAUGGAUUAGAUUAAGAU